AUGGUUCAAUCAAACAAAUGGGAUAAGAAGGCAAAGUUCCAAUAUAUGAAAAAGCAUGGAAUUUUGCCAUCAUCUACACAAGUUCCAGCUACAACUCCCAAAUGGAGUGGCAAAAAGAAGACGGAGAAGAAACCAGCAAUUCAUUUGGCCGAUUCAGACGAUGAAUGGGACUCAGAAGUAGACGAAGCAUUGAUAAACCAUUUCUACCCCGAGCUAGACUCAUCUGAAGAGUUGACACUUCAGCAGAAAGUCAAACUAAAACAACAAAUUCUAAACGAUUUGAAAGAGAAGGAAGAGCAGGGGGAAACGUCUGACGGCUCGAUAGAGGUAGAUAAGCUGAAUGGACAAUUCAAUAUCGGUGAGAUUAUGAAUAAUAUAGACAGGAAACCGAAAAAGAAGUUGCUAAAAGCUCGCUUUUCUGAGAACUUUUUGGAGGAGUAUGGCUUGGAAAGCUACCAGGUAAGUGACAAGGAGUAUAACAUGUCUGGACGCAAAAAGGGAUUUGCUAAUUUAAAAGAUGACUAUAUUAUUGGUAUGAACCAGAAUACUCCGUCUCUGCGAAGUCUCACAGAGGAAGAAGUUGCCAUAGAGAAUGAGCGAAAGAAGAAAAUUGAGCAGCAGAAUUUUUACAAUGAGGUGAAGAAGAAAUUUGGAGACAAGAGCAGUAGUCAACAGAGGGUAGUAGAUAUUAAUAAUAUCAAGGGAGAUGACAAGCAUUUGCAAAUGUUGAAUGGUAAAAUAGGGAAAGAAAAGAUGGAAGACACAUUGGAUGCUGAUCUCAAUGAGCUCCUAGACUUAAAGCUCUCGCAGCCAGAAGAUGAAGUGCCCCACAAGUCCCAAGUAAGUUUUUCAAGCUUACCGAAGAAGGCGACUACCAAGACCAGCGGCGUCAAGGACGUUGAUUUUUUAGACGAAUUGUUAAAGUAA